AUGAUGUCCUGCAGCCGCCGCCUCUCCUCCCUGGCGUCGGUCCGCCCGCGCUUCACUGCCCGCGCCUAUUCCUCGACCGUGCCCCGUCUGUCUGAGAACCGCAUCCCAGCCAACGACCCGACCCCGCCUGUAGCCAAGCCCAAUGUCUCCGAGACCAACGCUGUCCCUACAGACUCGCAUGUGAAGUGGGAUGGUCUUCAAAGCGAGGACCCCGUCAAGGCCGAGCAGAUCCGUCGCAUGCAGGCUCCCAACCGCGCUACCACCUGGGCUGCCAGCCAACAGCCCCGCGAGGUGGCCAUGACUGGCAUUCGAUUUGAGCAGACUAUCAUGGAGACUCAGCCCCGACCCAUGGCCGCCAUUGAGCUCAUUCACAAGCAGCCUGUGAGUUGGACAAAGGAGAGGGCCGUCAGCUGUGACGGCGGCGGUGGCCCCCUUGGUCACCCCAAGAUCUUUAUCAACACCGACAAGCCCGAGAUCGUGACCUGCGGAUACUGUGGAGUCCCCUAUGCUCACGAACACCACCGUACCUACCUCGAGUCUUUGCCGACUACCAGCUACCCCCUUAAGGCCGAAGCUGAGCAGUAG